AGAGGGGGCAGAGAGAGCGAGGCAGAGGUAGAGAGGGAGAGCUUCUAUCGCAAGGGGACGAAGACACCACUGAUCCUUUCACUCUUUGCAUUUCACCUUUAGGGAAAAGACAAAAAAGAGAAGUGUGGAAAAGGGACGAAAGGGAAAAAAAGGAUAUGAAAAGAACAUGAAAGAAAGAAAUCGUCAUUAAACGCACUACGAAGUUCUCUCUUUCCCUCUCUUCCUCCAUCUCGCACCUCUCUCAAUUUAAUCUUAAAUCCACUCCAAUUUCCCCCGAGGGACUCAAUUCUCUCUCUUCCUCGAGAGACAGACGGAGAGGGGGUCCAUUCCUCCUGGUAGAGUGACACCAGGAAUUUCCUCUCUCUCCCUCUACUCCCCCCCCCCCCACACACCUCCAGACCCCCCCUCUCCACCAUGACACUACUGGCCUCCGAGAGGUCGCUUCUCAUCCGGAACAAGUUCCGCUCAGUCCUGCAGCUGAGGAUUCAGAACCGAAGGCAGAGUGAAAUCAAUGCAGACUCUGGGUUGAAAUCUACUUGUCCCCCUCAGAAAGCAGAGAAAGACCAGAGUGAAGCUCUGCGUCUAACUGAAGACAGCGCCGCUCAGAAGUUGCCCCCUAGUGGUCUGAACACUGAAACUGCACAAGAGAGGACUGUGUGCGGGGCCCAGAGGCAGAAGAAGGCUCGCCAUGCUCAGGACCUCUCUGAGAGGAUCAAACAUCCGCCCGGGCCUGUGGAGCAACAGCACGAACACACACUGCCCCUGGAGAACCGCCCUGCCUCUUUCCCUCUGUCCGCUGAUGUCUUCGAAGAUGACAUCUCCUCCUGCGCCUCCUCCUCGCCCACUGAGCAACAUGGCGUUCACCAAUCACCCACCUUUUCUACACUGCCAGGGCUCUCAGGUGACCAACUGCUGAGUGACUUCUCAGGUGUGGCCCUGCCUCUUAACCACAGCGCCGGUCACGCUCAGUCUGGUUUGGCGUUGCUCCCGGCAACCGAGGGCAUCAGACAACCUAUGAGUGUAACACUGAGUGAAUCAAACACCAUGGCAACAACUGGGAGACCAAGUGGGCUGUAUCUGACGUCUCAGACCACACCCCUGCUGCCAAAGACAGCUCGGCCUCCCAGCCCCACCUGCACCUCCUCCCUGGCCCCCUCCCUCAACUUCAACCAUCUCCCCCGCCCACGGAAACCGCGGGACACCAAACCCAAAAUGAGGAAACUCAAAUAUCACCAGUACAUUCCUCCAGACCAGAGAGGAGGGUCUGGGACUGGAGGAGGAGCCAAACAGAAGAACCCUCCUUCUACCCAGUCUUUAGACCCAGCCUACUCCCAUCUCCUGAAGCAGCAGCAGGUCAUCCUCCAGCUGCAAAUCCUACAGAACCAGCAGCAACAACAGCAGCAGCAACAGCUACAACCACAGCAACAGCUCACUGUGGAGCCCAGUGAAGAUCACAAUGGUCUUGUGAAGUCCUCUGGAGCCCUGCCCCUGAAUCCCCAACCUGUUCCCGCCACAACAAACCACACCCCUACAGACACAAACCCUACGUCCAAGCCUGAGCUUCUCCCUGCAAAUCUCGUUGAUCUAACAGUGUCAGAGUUGCGGCAGCAGCUGCGUAAGCGCGGCCUCCCCGUCUCCGGCACCAAACCUGCUCUGUUGCAGCGUCUCCGACCCUUCCAGCUUCCCCAUGCUUGCCUCACCCCUGCUCCUCUGUGCCAGCUGGGUACCAGCCUGGAGCCCCUCACCUCCUGUCCCCAACUGCCACCGAGCCAGAGCCCCGGCUCAAGCUCCAGCUCUGGACACGACUCCCCCAGCAGCAGCCCAAACCAACAGAUGUACAUCGCGGACAGCAGAGUUCCUAAUGGGAUUCUCAGUGACGCCCAAAAUGGAAUUCUGAACAAUGUGCCUAACGGUUUCUCAAAUGCUGUGUCAGUCAGUUUGGCAGGCGAACAGUGUCUUUCCAACACCGUCUUCCUGGCUCCUGCCAGCACUGCCUCAGGAACUCCAAGUCCCAGUCUACCCAUGUCGUCCUCCUCGCCCCUGCAGUGUGGGACUCCCUGGAGAACUGAGAGCGAGCAGCAGCAACAACAGCAGCAGGAGCUGAGUGUGGAGCUGGAGAUGAGGGAGAGGUUACGGAGCAGGCCCAGGGACCGCUCCACUAACACAGGCAACGAGUCUUGUGGAGGAUCCCUUCAUCCGUUCCUGCAACAGGAUCCUGGAUGCUCCAGAGGGAAGCCAGACACAGACACACAGGCAGAGGUGUUGUUUACACAGGUGUUUUGCUGCCAACCGUGUGAUGUGAUUGGCCAGGAUUUUGAGCUGCCAGUGCAGAUUACAGCAAGUCCAGCUCAGACCUUGCCUGGCAUUCGUAGCUUGGAGGAAGAACUACAGGAGGCGAUUCAGAAAGCACAGAUGGACCCUCGGCAGUCCAUAGAUGACAUUCUGGAUGAGCCUGUGACUUGUGUUGGCUCUGUCAGUGUCUGUGAUCAUAAAUCCCCUGCCCAAUCAGUCCCUGUCCCUUCGUCGCCUCCCCCUCCUCCUCAAGCCGAUCAGUCCCAGGCCUCCCAGCAGCAAAAGGACGACAGCUUCCUGCCCUCACCUCUUUGCUCCUCUCUUUUGCUUGAGCUCCCUCCAUCUCCCGCUGUAAUAAACCCCAGCCAGGUGAUCCCAGCUCCUCCCCCACCCCCGAUCUGUACCUCCCCUCUGCCAUCCAAUGGGAAGUCACGGAAACGGCGGGCUCCGUCAUCAUUUGACGCUGCUGACUGGCUUGAAACGCUCACAUCUGGCCUCCGCCCUCUUACUCCGCCAACUGCUCCUUUUGUUGAAUCUGACUUCAGCCUGGAUUCAGAUCUGAAUGUCAGUCGGGUGUUGGAUCUAAUGAUAGAGCAGUGGUGAGGAUUUGUGCGCGCGUAUCAGUUUGUAUGUACAGUAGGAGAGCGCUUUAUGUUUCUGAUGGUAAUGAAUGGGGCAAACAUGCAUCCCACCAAGGGCACAAGAUUGUGAAUAGCGGCCUCCAUCCCUCCAUCUGUCCAUCCAUCAUUGAAAGGCUGUCAGAGUCACUGGCUCCACGCAAUGUCGAGAGCUGGAUUCAUUGCAGCGAACAGAUUAAACAUGGCUUUGAUGGGGCAACGAGAGCACAAACACAUGCACACACAUAGACACUGCAGAGUGCUGUUUAAAAGCACUUGGGCUCGGCCAGAAAUGGCAAACAAGCAACACAUCUGUGGAUUGACACACUCCACAGCACAAUGUUUGCAGUGCAAAACAAAAGAAAACCUGGUGGCAUAUUAAUUUAAACAUGCUUCCUGGCUGUGCUGGGAGAAUGUUGUUUCUGACUUAUCUCCAAAACCCGUUGUCAUAUUGGGUUGAGUGUGGCCCCUGGUGUUGACUCAGUCAUUGAGUCCUAGCCAUUCAUAAAGCCCAUUUAGAGUGUGUAAAAGCCAGACAGAGCACGCAGCUUGUGUGUGGCUCCAGACCUUAACCCCAGUGCCAGACACACAGUCGGCAUGCAGAGGGAGAAAGCUGGCAGAAGCUGCAAACAAGCAGUGUGUGUGCGUGCAAGUGUGUGCAGAAAGCUUGUGUGUGAAGUAUGUGUGCGUUCAAUAUGUCCGACUGUGUGUGACUGAGCACACAAGGCUGCUUCUGUUUGUAUGUGUCAACACCCAACUGCUUCCAUGUAUAUUUAAUAGCAUUAAAGCCAAAUGCACUUGUAGUUAUUUGUUUGCUUACAAUUAAGUGUCCCUCUGUGUGUGUGUGUGUGUGUGUGUGUGUGUGUGGUAUGAUUGAACUGUGUGAGGAUAUAUGUGAAAGACGCAGAAAAAGAAAUAGCUGUGGAUUUCUGUGUCCACAUUUUAAGACCAGACAUUUCAUUGUAGGCUCAUUGCCAGCGGGCAGUAACUCCAGUGUAGUUAUCCAGUGUAAUCAUCAGAACAGCCACAUUACCUUGUUCAAGUCAGCAUUCUCCAGGAGAGCAAUCAGGCAACCACCCCAAAAAUAGUCCCCAUACAAAUGCUCCAAUCAGACAACUGAGAGUUUCCUCAUCGCUUUGCAAAAACAGGUGGUCAUUUUGUUCCCUGAUUAACCCCCAACAGCGUCUGGCCCGCUGCACGGUGCUUACCCUGCUACUUGCAAAGCCAGAUUUAGCACAAUUUACAGCCCUACCCCAAGGCCACACCUGUUCACUUAGUGUAAAUGAGUUCCACACAUGUAUUAUUUGACAUUGUUAAAUCUUUGCUGUACAUUUUAAAAAUACAAAACGACCAUUAAUGUUGAAGGAGCAGUCUGUAGGAUUCAUAGGAUUUAUUGGCAUCUAGCAGCCAGGAUUGCAAAACUGCAACCAGCUGAAACUCUCGCAUGAAGUGUGAACUCUCGCUACAUAUUGCUUCAGUGUUCAUUGUUCAGCAACAGCAGAGGUCUCUUCCUCUUUAAAAUAAACGGACCAGGUGAUUUAAACUGGUAAAAACAGCAAAUAAAGCCAGUUCUUGUUUAAAAGAUUAGUGCUUUUCCAAUGCUGCUCUUUGCAGAAUGGCUGCUAACUGUGGUGGCUGAUGCGAAAAACACAUUUGGCCCCAUCUAGUGUUUGGUUUGUCUGUUCUAGGCUACUGUAGAGACAUUGCGGUGAAACAUGGCAAUCCCUGUAGAUAAGAGUAGGUAUAGCUGCAGCUGGAGCAGCUACGUGAGCUGCCCUCUAGCUACAUGACUCGCCCACCAUACCUACACCUCAGUCCAUUAACCUCCUUUGCUCCUUGGCACAGAAACAUAGGUCCUUGUGAAAUUGCUAAGAUGGGGAUUAGCUAGCUGUGAAGUAUUGAGUUAAAAGAGAGCUGGGUAACAUUAGUGUAAGGGGAAUGGGAAGGCUACAUCUCCUUACCUAUGCUAAUGCUACCUAAGCAAUUAGCUAACAUUAGCUAUGAAGUAUUAUGUUAAAAGAGAGGAAGUAAAGAGUAGGAUUUGGGUAAUGGGAAGGCUACAUCUCAUUACCUAUGCUAAUGCUACCUAAGCUACAAGCUAAUGUUAGCUGUGAAGUAUUACACUAAAAGAGAGGUGGGUAACAUUAGGGUAAGGGUAAGGGCAUCUCAUUACCUAUGCUAGUGCUACUAAAGCAAUUGGCUAAUGUUAGCUAUGAAGUAUUGCACUAAAAGAGAGGUGGGUGGGUAACAUUGGGCUAAGGGUAAUGGGAAGGUUACAUCUCAUUACUUAGGCUAAUGCUACCUAAGUGAUUAGCUAACGUUAGCUAUUAAGUAUUAAGUUAAAAGAGAGGAGGCUAAGGGUAGGAUAUGGGUUACAUCUCUUUACUUAUAAAGUAAAUCACCUUUUCGUGUAUUAUGAAUUAAAAAGUAGAUUAUUGUUACAUUUGGUCUCAUUUAUUCGCUACAGUGUAGCACUGUAGCAUGGUUCAAAUAGCCGUUGCGUUGGUAGGUUUGUCUUUUACUCGUGGUAGGUGUGGUAUGUAGGGGCGUGUUGUGUAGCUACAAACAGAAUGUGUCAGCUAUACAUGUCUCAAACAAGGACCUGCUCCCUAUUUAGAUAUUAACCGCUCAUUCUAAGGCAACAAAAACACAUUUCCUAUUUUCCGGUGAUUAUACACUAAAGAAACCAUGCUUAUUAUGUUGUUUUCCAUGUCUGCCAAUAUAUCCCCCUCAAUCCUACACACUGGACCUUCAAGAGAACAUGCACUGUAGAAUUAGCAUAUAAUAAUAUGUUUGGAGAAUUAUGUAACAUGACCAGAGGUGAGCUUGUCAGCUGAAGCUGAUACAGUAAACUGCUGCACAUUUUCUUGACAUUGACAGAGCUCUUGUUUUUAUAUUCUACAUGAUUUGCCGGUCAUGCAGAAAUGGGCACAUUAUUUGUUUGCAUAAUACACUUUUAGUGAGUUAUGUCGGUUCUCAACCCCACUUAACAUAAUGACAUUAAUGAAAAAAAAAUCUGACAGAGGUUGUGUGCCAUUAACCUCUGCUGUAUUUGAUAAAUGUAAUUAAGAUACAAGAUCUCAUCUACAUGAAGUUAUAUCGUGCCCUUAAUUGGCUGCAUGUCCCAUCAAUCACUUUGAAGAGCUCUGAUUGGCUCAUUUAUAUCUGGAUCAUUUUUAUAAUGUGAUUACCAACUGGACGUCCUGUAAGACCACUUUAUUUUUUUGGGGGGGGGAAACUGUUUUGUCUCCUUCUCAGUCUUCUAAGUAUUAUGUUGAAAUAAAGGUUAAGUGCUGAGUGCAAUAUGAUUUGUGUAAAGGGCACAUAAAGUGGCAGAUCUGAGGUCAUUAUGUCAUGUUUUUUGUAUGCAAAUGUUUCAGUGUUGCUGCCAGCCAGUUCCUUGUUCUGAUGAUAAACUGGUGUCUUACUAAGCAAGACAGCCUUGGUGAAUUAUUAGAAGAAGAUAUCUGUGCGUAGGCAAACCUUCAACACUCAGCCUUUAUGUUGAAGCAAUUCUUGUACAGCUUUCACUACAGAGACUAUGAAAAAUGCAGUUAAAUGUGGAUGGAUGGCUAUGAUAAUCAUAGCAAUCAAUAAACAUUGCCUGCUGCAUAAAUAAAAAAAAAGAAAAGAAAAUUGAUUGGCAGGAGAGUAAGAUGCUACCUCCUGUGACUUCCAUUGCUUUAGGGCCGACACCAGUGUUUUCCUUGUUUCUUAUUUAAUUUCCGAACACUGGUGCAGAGUUUGCUGGAACACCCCCGAGACAGUUUCACAGGCCUGGCUGGACCCCAGGUUAAAUACUUCUGUUUUAAACUGGGUCUAAGACCUUCCUGAUCUAGAUUUGAAGUUGGUCAGGACAGAUGCCAGCUGGAAACACUUGGGUGUUUCAGGUAAACGAGACUCUGUUGGCCACUUUUGCUGCUAUAAAUGCCUUAUUGUGAAAAUGUUAGAGAAAUUAAACUGUGUUUGCUUUUAUUUAUUAUGUAACUUAUUCAUGCAAAAGAUAUCAACCACUGUCCAAAAAUGUAUUUAAAACAUUAUAAAAAUUAAAGUCUUAAUAGAUUUUCUAUUU